GAGUUUCUGAUUGGUUCACGAUGCCGUCGGUCAGAACGGUAGGAACAGAAGGGGCGGGACUCUUGUCUGAGCUGUGGGUACGCUGCGGCGUCCAGAAAAUAGAUAAACAGCGUAUGCUAACCUAUGAUUGACGCAACUAAGUUACAAACUCAUCCAACUAGAUACUGACACGCCAAAUUGGCAAAUAGAAGAUGUUAGAGAGGAACCGCGCGCUUGUCUAGUGAUUUACAUGCGUUUGCAUAGCAACCCAUCACGGACAGCAAGCUAGUUAGCAACAUGAUGAUGGCCAGCUGAACAUUGUUGUGCCUUCAGCUUUUGGUAUUAUUGCGCUCACGGUUUAAUGACUUAACCUUCAUGCUUUGCUGCUUUGAAUGUUGCCUUUUCAUGCAUCCUAUACUCCUAAACUUGACUGGAGCUGCUUAGGUUGUGGUGCUUGUCCGGUAUCAAGCUAAGCUAACAGCACAGGAAUAGUGUGCAUGGGCCAAACCCCUUUCACAUAUUAGCUCGCAGCUAACCAGCCGCUGGAUCUACAAGUUUGGACCAGAAGUGGAGAGUUUUCUUGGAAGAUACUCGGUGCAGGUCGAACAAGCAGAAUGUUGGUUUGCAGAAACCCACGGAUCAUUUCUUUAGAGAUUGAUCGAGACCUACAUUGACCCUUAACAACAACAACGACACAAACCCCUGUCUUUCUAAAUAGGCUGCAAAAUGCACAUAGUAAACUGAGAGAUUGAGCUGAUUCGUCCGUUUCAACGAUGUAGCUUUGCAACCUACGUGCUUUUUGUGGCAUACGUAAAGACAAUAACGAUGAACAAUCAAGGAAUCAUGUCGCAAGAGAAGAUGGAGCUGGAUCUGGACAUCCCAUCCACACUUGUUCAGAGCGAUGGGCACUUGAGACGGUCUAACAGCGAACCCAUGAUAAACGGCCUAGGUGAUGCUUCACAGGUGUUCCAGAGAGAGGUUCUCCGCAGCAGAAGAAACAGUACUACAGUUGUUCGACCUAAUGUGGUUCCAUCUUCGCCAGUACGUGUUCCUAGCACAAGACUGCAGAAAAUCAAACAGGAAGAGGGUGUUGAUGUGAUGAACCGUGAAACUGCUCAUGAACGGGAGGUGCAGGCAGCCAUGCAGAUGAGCCAGUCUUGGGAGGAGAGUCUUAGUCUGAGUGAUAAUGAUCUUGAGAAAUCUUCAUCGUCAUCUCCAAAGCGGAUUGAUUUUGUACCGGUGUCUCCUGCUCCUUCACCCACCAGAGGGAUAGGAAAGAAGCAGUGUUUCUCUCCAUCUCUUCAAAUCCUGGUGAGCAGUAACGGUCUGACGCCCAGCCCUGUUCCCAGCCCAACACGCCGCUUCAGUUUGCCCAACAGGAGGAGUCAGAGCCCGAUCAACUGCAUCAGGCCCAGCAUUAUGGGCAACCUCAAACGCAAAGGUGAAAUGGAGACAGAAAGCCAACCCAAGAGACUCUUUCAGGGAACCACCAACAUGUUGUCCACAGAAGUGUCCCACUUGCCUGAACUUAACACUUGUCUGUCUCCAGAUUUUUUGGAUGGGAGUCUUAGUAGCGUUGGCUCAUCCUCAGAUUCGCCAGCCAAGAUGGAAGGAGUGUCGCCCUCCUCCAGUAACUCUCCCCUCACACCCCUCCAGGACCUUUCCCCUAAGUGAUCACGGACAUCGGAGGAGGAUUGGGGCAUCUUCUCAGGCCCUCGUCCACUCAUUUUUACUUUCUUUUCCAAUGCCUUCCAAACAUGGCUUCUGUUCUACUCACAAAUUGUCCUGUUACAUUUAAAGAAAAACGGCCCAGGAUGGGACAGACCCUAAGGGCAUGGAGAAACUGUGCUAUAAAGCUGCUAUAAAUAGAUGAGACAUGUAUAGAUCUGUAUCAAAGCGAACAACGUCAGAGGAGAAUCUUGAAUUUUUUUUUUUUUUUUUUUUUUUGUUUUUAGUCCCUCAAUAUUGUAACUCUUUGUAAAACGCUUUGAAAAGAAAACCGCUGUAAACAGGAGAACUACAGGCGCGUCCUUUGAUUUACAAUCUCAGCUUGCCAACAGGUAUUGUGUGUGAGAAUUUAACUUAUUUUUUUUUUGCUUUCGUUUUAUUUGUAUGUAAGUAUGUACAUAAGAUUUGCGGCAAAACGCUUGACCGGCAAACUGACAGCCGCCUCUUCUGGAGUUUUAAUAGCGGUGCAACUGCACUUUAAAGGGGCUGAAUAUCAUUUUGGGCUUUGUUCUGAAUCUGCAUAUUUAAUUUUUCAGGAAUUGCCUUUUCUUGAUUUUCAAAUAGGUGGAGGAAAUGUAUUUUUCACAGAGCUUAGCACUUCGUUCUCUGUUAAAAUGAUGUUAUGGUUGCUGUACACAACUCAUGCAGAUGGGAUUUAAUAUUGCAGCUGUUGGUAACCACUAAAUCCUUGAUUUGAACACUACAGAGAAACUAAACUGCCUGUGUUUGUCAACCUAAAUACAUGCGUACAACUGUUAUUUUCACAGCUUCCAGACAAUGGAGCAAAACAUCCGGGCUGGGUUGAGUGAUUGAAUGUUUUUCAUUUUCACACGGUGGCUUUGCCGUUUCUGUUGUUCUGGAAGCAAAUGGAAGCAUUUGGAGAAUUUGUUUUUGAAUGCAUUUUUCAGUGACCCAUUUGGCAGUUUAACAGUUAAGCAGAAGUGCAAAAAAGAUGAAACCCUCCCAUCGUGAGUCAUUUGUGGAGUUAGUUUUAAAUGUAAUCUACUGAUACUGAAAUGGUGUGCCAUUAAAUUUGUAUAUAAGAGAAAUGUACAACUGUAAUUGUAGAAGUUAUUCAUUUGGGGUUGUAGUUACUUUAGGAAAUAGUAUUUUCUUUUGUAAAUGGUUUUUCUAAAUUUCAUUAAAAGAAAUCGCUCUAUUUCCUCAAGCAUGAUAUAAUGUAUCAUAAAUUCAUUUUUGUUUGCAAGAAAGUGAUUGUAAAAUCCCCUUUUUUCCCCCAUUUAAGUGGUUUUGAAAGUUUUUUUUUUUCACACAAGUAAAGAUGAAACUUCAGUAUAAAACUUUUUCUGAAUGUCUUUGCUAACAAAAAAAAAAUGGGUCAUGUAGAUCCAGAUUCUGUCCUGUAGUAAUGGGUGAAGUGUAUUUGUAGUUCGCUUUGCUGGUUUGUUUUUGUCCUGUGGACGUGUCGAAUUCUUUAUUUAAUGAUUUUACUCUGUCCUGUCGACUCAUACAGUACUUUUAAAGCCUGAGCAUGUGAACUCUGAGGAGGACCCGAGUCGUGAGAAUGUGUAGUUGUUCUCUACUCUUCCUAAACAAAUCUUGUUCCCAUCAUAUCAGAGACUUUGAGAUCUCAGAAAUAAAUUAUUUGUCCGGCUA